CGAAACAUGGCGGCGUGCUUCUGAUGAAAACUCUGCAAAGGGUAGAAGAUUUAUCACUGCUAACAUUCUUUUGAUAAGCCGUUCUCUCGUGCAGCUAGCAUCCCUUCUCAACUUUUCCAUUAAAGGAUCAAGCAGCAUGCAAAGGCAAGCGGGUCAACUUUUCAAGGAAGCACUUCACAACAACUAAGAGUUACUAUGAGAUCACAGAACAGCCCACUUUACUGAAAGGAUGGCAACAGCCAGAGAUAAAUUUUUUCGCCAGAGAGUCCUGACCAAGUUGUUCCCUUCAGAAGAAGACUCAGAUAUCGAUGAUAAUGAUGAUGAUGAUGAUGACGACGGUGAUUUGGAGACUACUUCACAAUCCUCGGUCAGAACAGUAAAACAAGACUCGCCGGAAAUACCCACUGAAAGUGGGAAACGAAAGCUGAGCAAUGUUGAAGAUAUCAAUUUUCCUCGACGUAAGGUUUCUUCACGAGAUGAGCAAGCCACACCGUCCCUCCCUUCAAGACUAAUUGGUGUUGAAAAACUCGUGUCUUUGCCAGAGAGUCUCAGUACAGCACCCGAAAAUAGAGAGGAACCAAAAGAUGAAAAGAGCAGAGAACAUGUAGCGCGUGGCACUGGGUCUGAUCUUUCAAAAUCAUCAGAGCAGGUGUGUAAACUGUCUAAGAAUCAGAAGAGGAAACUGAAGAAAAAGCGUCACAAAGAACGAAUUCGUUCAAGUGGAGUCAACAAAACAUCUCCAGCUCCCAAAGAAUUCACAUACGACCCAGGAUAGUCAAGACGUCCAUCAUACAGAGUAGAUCUCACUUGCGCACGUGACCAUGUGCAGUAUACGUUCGCAUGUGACCAUGUGGCGUGCUCUUACUCCCAUGGCGUUGUGACGUGUUUAAUCUCACGUGAAGUUGGUCGGUGUACCGGUUUGGAACAGAUUGUAGGUCAUGCCCAUGAACGACCAACUCUCGACAUCGUCGAGAGAAUGCACAGUGGACCAUGUUCUACCGGUUCCCUGUGACGCCCAAACUAUGAAGCAAUGAACCUCCAAUGGGCACUUCUCAUCCAUAGCAACCUUCUUUGUCCGGGUGGACGGUCCUAAUAAUCAUAUUUUUUUCUGUCUACUACACAACGAUUACGUCUACGCGAACCAAAAGUACACUUCUUAAUCUCCAAAAUAACCUCCUCCAAUAGCAUCAAAUUUACGCUGUACAAUCAGCGCUGUAGGCAAAAAUGAUCCCUUUUCCUUCACUGAUCCCUUUGGAUAACAUUUUGUUUUGAACAUUUGGUUUUCGUUUUAUUAAUCAAUUUUCAAUGAAGUUUGUAUUCAUAUGCCAGAAGAAAAGUAAUAUUUCGUAAAGGAGGGCGAACGUUUCAUUAGAUUUCUUUUUUUAACAAUUCCAUUUUGAAAUUAUUACGAUUCAUAAAUAAAGCUGAUCCCUUCCUUUAUUCAGCUAUCCAUUUUUCCAGUA